GUGUUAUUAACUUUUGGCUGUUGUGCGAUGGAUUCGACUGACCCGAUAUACUCUCCUUUUUUCGGUGUAAUCGGCGCCGUUUCUGCAGUAGUAUUUUGUUGUAAGUCUGAGAUUUCUCUUUUUUAUAUCAGGCUUGGGCGCUGCUUAUGGGACGGCCAAGUCCGGAGCAGGUAUCUGCUCAAUGGGAGUGAUGAGACCUGAAUUAAUUAUAAAGUCAAUUAUCCCAGUUGUCAUGGCUGGUAUAAUUGCAAUUUAUGGUCUCGUCGUAGCAGUUCUUAUAGUUCAACGUGGUCAGGACUUGAAGAAACUCGACGUGUCUCUUAAUCAGCUCGGUGCUGGCCUAAGUGUAGGGCUUAGUGGUCUUGGUGCAGGUUUUGCCAUUGGGAUAGUUGGUGAUGCUGGCGUACGUGGCACAGCUCAACAAUCCAGGCUAUUCGUAGGGAUGGUGCUCAUCCUAAUUUUCGCCGAAGUCCUUGGUCUUUACGGAUUAAUUGUCGCUCUUAUUUUGUCUACAAAGUAAAUUUCCUUACCUCAACUACUCUACUUACCCUGCUCUCUCAUACUAAUCAAUUAUGUCGAAACCUAUUCUUUUGACAUACUUAUCAAUAUAACAUUAAUUUUAUGUCGUCUGUGAAACUAAUCCAAUGACCUCGCUGAGAAUUACACUCAGUGGUGAUAUUCAUUUAUCCUUCUACUUAACCGAUCAGCCCAUUCCAAAUCAUGUACGUCCAGCCGAAUCCAAUUUUUCUCAUAUAUUGGACGUGGUUAGUACAUUUUGAUUAUCAUCUUUUUCUAAGUGAUAUAAAACUGCAAAUCAGCAAGCUGUUUGUCAUGUGUUUUAUCUGUGACGUUUGAAUGCAUAUUUUAUUUUGAGUUAGCCUAAUUUAUUGCUGGAUACAUGCAUAAUACUUUUUCUUUGUGGUUAUUGUCUUUUUGUAUGUUAAGUCGAUCCAGUUAUACCAAAUAUAGAGUUUUCCUAUCACUGAGUUACUCGUGUAUCAACCAAGACUUCAGAUAGGCUUCGAUAUACUUCACAGUCUAUUUCGAACUGUUACUAUGAGUAUUUAGUCUGCAAACAAUGAGUUCGUAGUCGUGGUAUGACUAUCUAGUCUUCAGCUAGUCAAGGUAAGAUUCGAGUAGAUCCUGGCAAAUUCUAAGGGUUACUUCGCUACAGUCAUUUAGUAGAUAGUUCGGCUAAUUCAGGGUCUGUUUGUCCUGUUUAAUGUCCCAAUCAUAGAACGCUUACAAAAGUGCACUUGAUUUAUCUUCGUCUAUGCGUGGCAACUUUGUUAUGUACCGUCCAAAAUUACUUUCAGUUAGGCUCAAAAUUCGUAUUGCCAAUUAACCAUGUCCCUUAGUUACUCAUCCAUAUAUUGUUCAAACUCCUUUAUAUAAAUACAUUCAACAUGGUAGCGAUUUAAGUCUUUUGGUAUUGGAUCGCUAGAUUACAAGAUUUAGUAUCACUAUAUUCGUUGCCCUGAUGAUGGUGAACGGCUCGAAUUAAAGUUUCGAUUCAAGGGUUUGUUAGUGGCUGUACUUAACGUCAAUCUAUUUAAAAGGACGAGCUCAUCUUUUGAUUUACCGACUUAAUCAUAUCGCGUUUUCUGAGUCUCUUCAGUUUCACGAAGAUCCGACAAGUUUUUCAGAGGUGUAUCUGUUCUAGACGAAGUUGUAUAACUGUUGCACUCAUUUAACUUCAACGAACCAAUCCUAGUUGUUUCAAUUUUGUAUUUUAUUUCCCUUAUGAUACCUACGGAGUGCUAUUUUACUGUAAACCACCUAUGUGCAGUAGGCGUCUGGUGUAUAUAAUCGGUUACAUCCUGAACUAGCCAUUUGUUGGAUCUCUUAUGUGCGCUCGUUGCUCGACCAGACAGAUCACGGAUAAAUAUGGGUGCCUUGUCAUCCAGUUUAAGUAUUUUGAUCGGUUUGAUUGCUCAAAGUGAUCACCUUAUUUAUCCCGAGAGUUCCAGUAGACAUGAUGUGACAGACACAGAAACUACUUUGUCACUAGCUAAAUGCCGAUGUCGAGUGUGACAUUACGGUUCAAUACACACUCGUCCCAAUACACGAUGGUCAUGACAAUAUGGGGACCUAGAUAUUUUUGUCCAACUAUGGUCUUGCUUACUAUCUGCUCCUCUCGCCACUUACCAAACUCACUCUUAUAUUCCGGGACUUCCUUGUGUGCUAGAACGUUAGUAAAAGUCAGAUUUCCUAGUUACGGUCUGCGUGAUUAUUGUGACCGGUCAUCAGUGACGACAUAUGAUUCGAAAUUAAUUCGUCCUCUAUUAGUCGUACUUUGUUGAUUGUCAUAUGAAUUUCACUUCGUUUUACUAAUGAGAUUGGACGUAUGCUCGGAGUCCUACUCUGUUUAUGACUGUCUGACCCGACCGUUGCUGAUACCUUGACGUAGUGGUCGGGCUUGCCUAUCGUGAUGAACUAAUAGAGCUAUACUGGCUGGAACAAUCGUUCCUCAAGGUCCUACCAUGCCAGACAGGUCGGUUGAAGAGCGGUAAGACUAAAAGCAGCAAACCCA